UAGGAGUAAAAAUCUAUCAGACAGAGUGAUAAUAAAAAAACAAAUAAUCAACUUCAAUCAGAACAAGAGAUACGCAGUAGUAGUAUCCCAUUGCCAUGGCUGAGAGCAGUAGAAGUAGAAGUAGCAGUAGCAGUAGAACCACUGCCACUAACAGCGAUGAAUCAUCGUCUUCACCAAUAACCAUAUUAGCCCAAGAUCAUCUUUUCUCGAUUUUGCUCCUUUUACCAAUUGAAUCAAUUCUUUGUUUUGCCAUGACUUGCAGAAAAUUGAAGUUUUUGGCAUAUUCUGAUUCUCUAUGGGAAUCUGUAUGCAGGAGGGACUGGGGUAAUUUCCCAGUUGAUGCUCUGAAAGCAUCGAAUUCUGUGCAGGGAAUUCACUGGAAGAAGUUGUACCAGCAGGUUCACCAGUUGGACUCUGUCUAUUGCCAUAAAUUAUUGGUUGAAACCCCAGAUGGUGAUGAGGUUCUUCCCAGCCCCAGAGCUUCUCAUUCCCUCAAUUUUGUGAAUGGAUGCCUUGUUCUGUUUGGUGGGGGAUGUGAAGGAGGGAGGCAUCUUGAUGAUACAUGGAUGGCAUAUGUUGGUAAUGACUUCAGGAAGACAUUAAAGUGGCAAAAGACUGAUUCAGGCAUUCCAAGCGGACGGUUUGGUCACUCGUGUGUUGUAAUUGGUGAUUCACUUAUCCUAUUUGGAGGGAUCAAUGACCGUGGAAUUCGCCAAAAUGAUACGUGGGUAGGACAAGUUAUAUUGCAGGAAACUCCUGGGAUUACUUUGUCCUGGAGGCUACUUGAUGUUGGUGUGGUUUUCCCUCCACCACGUGGAGCUCAUGCCGGGUGUUGCCUUGAUAACAAGAGGAUGCUUAUCCAUGGAGGGAUUGGUUUAUCUGGCUUUAGACUAGGAGACACGUGGGUUCUAGAUCUCUCAGAAAAUCUUUGUUUUGGGACAUGGCAAGAAAUCGUGACCCAUCCAUUUCCUCCAUCCCGCUCAGGACAUACAUUAACUCAUAUUGGAGGAACACAAACAAUUUUAUUUGGAGGGAGGGGAUCGGGAUAUGAAGUGCUUAAUGAUGUCUGGCUCUUGAGUGCAUCAGAAGGUCAUUGGAGAUGGAUACAACAACUUUUUGAUGUAGGUAACGUACCCCAAGGAUUUUCCCUCGCACGAGUAGGUCACUCAGCCAACUUUAUAUUAGGAGGUCGACUACUUAUUUAUGGAGGCGAAGACACAGACAGGCACAGGAAAGAUGAUUUUUGGGUUUUGGACAUUAGUUUGAUGCCUUCAAUUAAAAUGCGGCCUAGUAAUCUUCAGUCAAAGGGAUUAUUAAGAAAAAUGUGGAGACGACUUGAAUCCAUGGGCGAAAAACCUAACUGCAGAUCAUUUCAUCGAGCUUGUGUUGAUCCUUCAGGGCGAUACUUGUACGUCUUUGGUGGAAUGGUAGACGGGUUACUUCAGCCUUCCGAACCAUCUGGUUUGAGGUUUGAUGGAGGAAUUUUCCUGGUGGAGCUUGUGCUGCAGUCUUAGAGUGGCGCUUUUCUGAGAUGCUGAUUGGGUGACUGAAUCAGUAACUCGCGUCUUGCCUAUAUACUGUGGAAAGCAACAAUGGAAGGUGCUCGACUCCAUGGCACGCCUAUACCGGUGAAAAGGCAGUAUUCACUUGUUGAGAAAUGGUGCAUUGUGAUGCAACUUAUGACCCAUCAUGGCAACCGGAUGAUGUCGAAACUUAAGGGUUAAGCUCGGUGCUGCAAGUUUUGUAAACUGAAAAAAUCAAGUUAUGAUUUAUGAUAUGGACUGUAGUUUUGGAGUAAUUGAAUUCAGUGGUAAUUUUGCAUCACUUUUUGCUGUAAAUUAAGUUAUGAGAUAGUUUCUGGCAUUGUGGCUGCAUGAAUAUAAUGAAAUCCAAGCGUCUUCCCUAUAUUUGAAAA